AUGGCUGAUACUGCCGAUCUCCCUGACCGCAAACCCCGCAAGUCGGUCCAAUUUUCCGAAGGUGCUACGAUUGUCGACAGCAACGGCGACGUUACCGAAUCACUAGAGAUGAACGGCGACAAGGACUCCGCUGAGGGCCACGCCGCGAGUGCUGGCGACGACAAAGAGGUCGAGGAGGUCACCGACAUGUUCGCUGAUCUCGCAAAGAAGAAGAAGAAGAAGUCCUCCAAGAAGAAGGAAGGCGAGGAAGAGGACGGCGCCGAGGGCGACUUCGCCGCGCUGAAGAAGAAGAAGAAGUCCAGCAAGAAGAAGGUCGAGGACGACUUCGAGGCCAAGCUCGCUGCCGCCGGCGGCGACAAGCCCGAAGGCGAGGAGGAGGUCGCUGCUCCCGAACCUGAAGUACAAGAAGGCGACAUGAUGAAGGGCACCGGCAUCUGGGAACACAACUCGACGACCCCCAUCUCGUACAACCUCCUCCUGAACCGCUUCUUCACGCUCCUCCACGCACAACAUCCCGACCUCGCCAGCUCGGGCACAAAGAGCUACAAGAUCCCGCCCCCACAGUGCAUGCGCGAAGGAAACAAGAAGACCGUCUUCGCCAACCUUGCCGAGAUUUGCAAGCGUAUGAAGCGUUCCGACGAGCACGUUGCUCAGUUCCUGUUCGCCGAAUUGGGUACGAGCGGUUCAUUCGCCGAUCAGAAGCGCCUGGUCAUCAAGGGUCGUUUCCAGCAAAAGCAACUCGAGAACGUUCUCCGACGAUACAUUGUCGAAUACGUUACCUGCAAGACCUGCCGUUCGCCCGACACGGAUCUCUCCAAGGGUGAGAACCGUCUCAACUUCGUCACGUGCAACAGCUGCGGAUCGAGACGUUCGGUACAGGCCAUCAAGACUGGUUUCUCGGCCCAGAUCGGAAAGAGGCGGAGAAUGGUGGACCAACAGGGCCAGCAGCAGUACUAUGCGCCUCCGCCAGGCGGCCAGUCCUAUCCUCCACCACCCACAUCCCCUCCCGCACACCAACAGCAGCAACAACACUACCCACCUCCGCCAGGUGGAAAUGCCGCUCCACAACAACACUAUGCGCCUCCGCCUGAGCAACAGCAAUAUGCGCCGCCACCCGAGCAACAGCACUUCCCGCCCCCAGGCCAAGCGCAAUCGCCGCCCCCGCCUUUCCAGCAGCAGCAGCAACAACAGCCGCCACAACAACAGCCACAGCAACCGAUGAGCCCCGGCUUUGGUGGAUUCCCUGGCGGAAGUCCAAGUGCGACUCCCUCUGGAUAUCCCGCCGAGAAGACGGGUCAUCCAGGCAUGGGCCACCAGUCGCAGAUGAGCCAGCAGAGCAUACCCCAGCAACCGCAAUACGUGGGCGCGGGCGCGGCAGCACACACAUCACCCGCUAGUGCCUCAGCAGACGAUGUAGGAACUUUCAAUGGAGGAAGCUACCGCGUUAGCCACCGGGACACAAACUCCAUUCUCACAGUGCAGUUAGCCAUUGGAUGUCCUUUUACUGCUAAACCUGGCGCAAUGAUAGCAAUGUCCCACACCAUGACGCUCAAGGGCAACCUGAAGUUCUCCCUGAAGAAAGCCCUCAUGGGCGGCGACAUGUCCAAAUCCACAUACACGGGUCCCGGUGAACUUCUUCUCGCCCCUCCUUCCAUCGGCGACAUCACAAUCAUCAAGCUCGGUGGGAAGGAGACAUGGUCGGUGGGCCGCGACGCGUUCCUGGCUUGCACACAGGGUAUCGUGACAGAGUAUAAGAGUCAAGGAAUCGGCAAGGCCAUGUUCAGUGGUGAGGGACUGUUUGUGUACAAGAUUAGUGGGACGGGCGUGCUUUGGGUGACGAGUUUUGGCGCGAUCAUCAGGAAGGAUCUCGCUGCCAACGAGAAAUACAUCAUCGAUAACGGCCACCUCGUUGCAUGGAACUGCAAAUACGUCCUCGAGCGUGUUGCAAGUGGUGGUAUCAUCAGUAACAUGACGGCGGGUGAGGGCCUUGUAUGCAAGUUCACGGGACCGGGAACUGUUUUCAUGCAGACAAGGAAUGCGGCGGCGUUUGGGCAGUGGUUGGCCGCGAAUGCUGCUGCGCCGUAG